UCAUAAAGAACUUAUCGGUCUUGUUUGAGACCUUAGGUUAUUCACUUUCCAUUCUCAGUAUAGUCGACAGCACGUACACAAAUAAAAAUAAAAAAAUAUUUUUUUGAAAUGGAGUUUGCUGGAAAAUUUCUUAAACCCCUUUGGCGCCCAACGAUGCAAGUGGCUCGUCUUUACUGUGAGAAGCCGAUGCGAAGUCUAGUCGCAUUCCCUGUUGCCAAACUGGAAAGUGGAAAGUCCAAGUACAUGAUGGCCCACGUUUACAUCCACGGGGAAAUGGGCAGCGCAAAGCAGGUGAUUCGUAGCCAUUCCAAGGCCAAGUACCAUCUUGAUGUGUACGAUGAGUUGAAGAAGGAGGCUGAGGCGAUGGGCUUGUGCACCCAGGGUCUUGGAGGUGGUUACUUGGUACACGACAAGGAAAAGAAGUACAUCAAGCUCUAUGGAAGAUCUCAGGCCCUGGGAAAGGCCGAUCACGAAGCGGCCCGGGAGCUACUGAAACCCAUCUAUAACGAUCACAAGAUCGAUGCUGAAUCUGGUGGAAUGGAACCCUAGAAAAAUGUGUACUUUCGGUCCGGCCAAUAUUUCCGUUUUUAUAAUAACUAUUGGUUCGAAUUAUUUUUAAAAAUUUUUGGUCUUGCGACUGCGUGCAUACAUUACUUUAAUUUAAAUUAAAUUUGACUAUACGUAACAAGGUUUUUCAUCCAA